GCUUUCAGCGACAUAACGCCAGGAGAGGAGGCAGCUCAAGUCGAGGCUGCCGCCGGAUCUGCCUUAUAAUGAUCGCUGCGGCGUUUUUGGUCCUCCUAAGGCCGUACAGUAUUCAGUGCGUUUUGCUAUUAUUGCUGCUUUUGCUCGGGACUAUUGCGACAAUUUUGUUUUUCUGCUGCUGGCAUCGCAGGCUUCGUAAUGGAAAGCAUCCAAUAAAAUCCGUGCUCUCCGGACGACCCAGGAGCCGCGUUGGGCUCCGAACGCAUCAUUUUCGAUCAGAGGGCUUCAGGCACAGUCCACGUCACUCAAGAAGGAGCAUACAUGCUCGAGUGACAGAGGAAAAGCCCAGCCUGGUCGAGGUUCCAGAGAGCGAACCUGACACGUCGUCAACUCUAAGAAAACGCAAAGUGAAGAAGAGAGUCCCGCCAGAAUUUUACCAGUCUGUACAAGUCACCCCUACACGUAAACUUAGCUCCAGUUCGGGGAACCCUUCCCUGCACUGCUCCAUGUCUUCCUCGGCGGAUUUCUCGGACGAGGAUGAUUUCAGCAUUAAAUCUGGAUCUGCAUCACCGGCACCUGGAGACACUUUACCCUGGAACCUGCCCAGACACGAGCGGUCCAAGAGGAAGAUCCAGGGAGGAUCCGUGCUGGAUCCGGCUGAGAGAGCCGUGCUCAGGAUCGCAGAUGAAAGAGACCGAGUGCAGAAGAAGACGUUUACAAAAUGGAUAAACCAGCAUCUGCUGAAGGUCCGAAAGCAUAUAAAUGACCUGUACGAAGACUUGCGAGAUGGGCAUAACCUGAUCUCACUGUUGGAGGUCUUGUCUGGAGACACACUGCCAAGGGAACGUGAUUUUCUGAAGACUUUGCGGUUGGUGAGUGGGACAGAAGCAUGUGCAGUUGAGCAGCAUGGAGACACGGUGGAUGAUGAUGAUGAUAAGGGGCCUCGGGAGAGAGGGAGGAUGCGCUUCCACAGGCUCCAGAAUGUACAAAUAGCACUGGAUUAUUUAAAGAGGCGGCAGGUCAAACUUGUAAAUAUCAGGAAUGACGACAUCACAGACGGCAACCCAAAACUGACCCUGGGAUUGAUCUGGACCAUAAUUCUGCACUUUCAGAUCUCGGAGAUCCAUGUGACAGGAGAGUCCGAGGACAUGACAGCCAAGGAGAGGCUGCUGCUCUGGUCCAAGCAGAUAACAGAGGGCUACGUAGGUGUACGAUGUGACAACUUCACCACAUCCUGGAGGGAUGGGAGGCUAUUUAAUGCCAUCAUUCAUAAAUACAGGCCAGACCUGGUCGACAUGAGCCGGGUGUCGGCGCAGACCAACCGAUCAAAUUUAGAACAAGCGUUUUGUGUAGCUGAACAGCUGGGGGUAGCCAGGCUCCUGGACCCCGAGGACGUUGACGUUCAGUCGCCCGACGAAAAGUCCGUCAUCACGUACGUCUCAACGCUGUACGAUGCCUUCCCCAAAGUACCCGACGGUGUUGAUGGAAUUAAUGCUAACGAUGUCGACAUAAAAUGGGUGGAGUACCAGAACAUGAUCAAAUACCUCAGCCAGUGGAUCAAACACAACGUGGCCAUAAUGUCAGACAGAUCAUUCCCCAACAACCCUGUGGAACUCAAGGCACUUUAUACACAGUAUCUGCAGUUUAAAGAACACGAAAUCCCGCUGAAAGAAAACGAGAAAACAAAAAUCCAAAACCUCUACAAAAUGCUCGAGAUGUGGAUCGAGUUCGGACGCAUACAGCUACCCCCGGGUCAUCACCCGAAUGACGUGGAGAAGGAAUGGGGAAAAUUAAUCGUUGCCAUGCUGGAAAGAGAGAAGAGCCUGAGGCCAGAGGUGGAAAGGCUUGAGAUGUUGCAGCAAAUUGCCAACAGGGUCCAGAGGGACUGUGUCAACGGCGAGGACAAGCUGGCGCUGGCAAGAACAGCCCUGCAGUCUGAUGCGAAACGUCUCGAGUCUGGCAUUCAGUUCCUAAAUGAAGCUGAGAUCGCUAGCUAUCUGUUAGAGUGCGAGAACAUCCUCAGACAACAAGUAGUGGACAUCCAGAUUCUUCUGGAUGGGAAAUUCCCUUUUGCAGAUCAACUCGUCCAAAGGGUAUCAAAACUCCGGGAUGAACUCCUCUCCCUGAGAGCCGAGUGUUCCUCCGUGUACAGCAAAGGUCGCACCCUGACAACAGAGCAAACCAAAAUGAUGAUCUCAGGCAUCACACAAAGCCUGAACUCUGGCUUCUCCCAGAACAUUAACACAAGCCUGACACCAGCCCUCACUCCUGCACUCACCCCCGGGGGGUUAGGUACCCCCGGGUCCACAUUCACCUCUAGCCUUACGUCGUGCCUGACCCCAUCCUUGACCCCUGCCUUGACCCCCAGCCUGCAGCCUUCUUCAGUCCAGAGCUACGUGGGGACCGGCGGUGGCAUGGACCCUGGUAGUCUCAGGCACUUGAAACACAUGCAGAUCCGGAAGCCCUUACUGAAGUCCUCACUGGCAGACCCCAGCAUGACAGAAGAGGAGGUGAACAUGAAAUAUGUUCAGGAGCUCCUGAACUGGGUAGAAGAAACGCAGUUGCAGCUGGAGCGCGCAGAGUGGGGUUCCGAUUUGCCAAGUGUGGAAACACAUUUAGAGACCCACAAAAGUGUGCACAGAGCCAUUGAAGAAUUUCAAAUGAGUCUUAAAGAAGCCAAAAUGAGCGAAAUUCAGAUGACGAUGCCACUGAAGCUAUCCUACUCAGACAAACUGAACAAACUAGAGAAGCAGUACGAAAGGCUGCUGAGCGGUUCGAGGGAGCGGCAAAGCAACCUGGAAAGCCUCUACGACUUUGUGUCGCAGGCGACUCAAGAGCUGAUCUGGCUGAACGAGAAGGAGGAAGAGGAGGUCGCCUUCGACUGGAGUGAUCGCAACAGCAACAUCUCCAAGAAAAGAGACUACCAUGCUGACUUGAUGAGGGAGCUGGAUGAAAAGGAGGAAACCAUCAAGUCUGUGCAGGACAAGGCAGAGCGCCUAAUGCUCAAGAACCACCCGGCCAGGCCAACAAUUGAAGCAUACAAAGCUGCGCUGCAGACGCAGUGGAGCUGGAUCUUACAGCUCUGCUUGUGCGUCGAGCAGCAUCUCAAGGAGAACGCUGUUUACUUUGAGUUUUUCAGUGAUGCCAAAGAGUCCUUGGACUACCUUAAGAGUCUGCAAGAUUCAAUUCACAGAAAAUACGGCUGUGAUCGAACGAGCAGCCUGCACAGACUGGAGGAUCUCAUUCAGGAGUCCAUGGAUGAAAAAGAGCAGCUCCUUCAGUACCGCAGCACUGUCGCUGGGUUAGUGGGAAGGGCUAAAAAUAUUGUGCAGCUCAGACCCAGGAACCCUGAAAGCCCUGUGAGAUCUUCCAUCCCCGUUAAAGCGAUCUGUGAUUAUCGUCAGAUCGAGAUUACCAUCUAUAAAGACGAUGAGUGUGUGUUGGCCAACAACUCUCACCGGGCUAAGUGGAAAGUUAUCAACCCAGCAGGGAAUGAGGCCAUGGUGCCCUCCGUGUGCUUCACUGUGCCUCCGCCCAACAAAGAGGCUAUUGAUAUGGUUACAAGAACUGAGCAGUUAUACCAGAACGUCUUGGCACUGUGGCACCACUCCCACAUCAACAUGAAGAGCGUGGUGUCUUGGCAUUACCUAACAGCCGACAUACGAGCCAUCCGCAACUGGAAUGUGUCCUCAAUAAAGACCAUGUUACCGGGCGAGCAUCAGCAGGUGCUGAGCAACCUGCAGUCCCACUUCGACGAGUUCCUGGAAGACAGCGAGGAGUCGGAGGUGUUCACGGUGGCAGACUGCGCACAGCUCGAGAGAGAUGUGGCGGAUUGCAAGGAGUACUACCAGGAACUGCUCAGAUCCGCAGAGAGAGAGGAACACGAGGAGUCAGUGUACAAUCAUUACAUCUCAGAAAUACGCAACUUCCGCAUGCACCUGGAGGCCCACGAAGAGCACCUGAUCAGGCAGAUCCGCACGCCGCUGGAAAGAGACGACCUGGAGCAGAGCCUGCAGCGCAUCACGGAGCACGAGAGGAAGACGGCCGAGCUGAAUAAGCUGAAGGAGGAUCUGGAUGUCAUGAAGGAGAAGUGCGAGCAGUUCCUCAGACAGGCUGCAGGCGCUCCGUCCGUACAAACGCUCUCCUCUGAACUCACCGUCCUCAUUCAGAGCAUGACCCAAGUGUACUCCAUGUCCUCCAUUUAUAUGGACAAACUAAAAACAGUGAGUUCGGUGGUGAAGCACAGCCAGAGCGCAGAGGCUCUGGUUAAGGCCUAUGAAUCCAAACUCUAUGAAGAAGACGCUAUGAACUCCGAUGUCAAAUCCAUUGAAAGUGUCAUUUCUACACUUAAGCAAUGGAGGACAGAGAUCGAUGAAAAACAGGGAGUGUUCCACGACAUGGAGGAUGAGCUGCAGAAAGCACGCGUCAUCAGCGAUCGCAUGUUUAAGGCACACAACGAGCGCGACUUCGAUCUCGACUGGCACAAGGAGAAGGCAGAUCAGCUGAGUGAGAGAUGGCAGAACAUUCACUCCCAGAUUGACAGCAGGCUCCGGGACCUGGAUGGCAUCAGCAAGUCUCUGAAACACUACAGAGACUCGUACAGCAGUCUGGAUGAGUGGGUUAGGGAGAUGGAAGCAGAGCAGCUAAAGGCCCAAGAAAACAAGCCAGAAGACAGCAAAGCACUCGCUGAGCUGCUGAACAAACAGAAGGUCCUUGUUGCUGAAAUUGACCAAAAACAGGGCAGAAUUGAUGAAUGUCAAAAGUACUCAGAGCAGUACUCAUCUGCCAUUAAGGAUUACGAGCUUCAGCUCAUGACAUUCAGAGCAAUGGUUGACUCGCAACACAAAUCUCCCCUCAAGAAGCGGAGGAUGCUGAGCACUUCUGAUGCCAUUCAGCAAGAGUUCAUGGAUCUACGCACACGCUACACAGCUCUUGUGACUCUUAUUACACAGUAUGUAAAGUUUGCCAGCGAGACACUGAAGAGAACUGAAGACGAGGAGAGAUCUGUUGAUGAGGAGAAGAGAGAGCACGGUGAUAAAGUUAGCAAACUUUUGCACUGGGUGUCCAAUGUGAAACAGACCGUGAGCAAUGAGGAGAAUUCUCUGAAAGAUAGCAAUGCCAACACAGACGCUUCUAAUAAGCCUCAGGUGUCAGUCGAGGAAAUGGUCACUAAAAAGGAACAAAUUGCUGAAGCACUGAGGGCCACACAAAUGAUGCUGAACAAACACAGUGACAAGAUGACGAAAGAGGAACGAGAGGCAGCCCAGGAGCAGCUGAAGGCGCUCAAUCAGGCCUACAACGAGCUCUCCCAGCAGUGUUCAGAUCAGACAGCCUCUGCAGAAGAGGAUUUUAGCAUUAUCGCAGGGACUCAGUCUGGAACCACGAGUGACCUGGCUGAUCAGAUGACUUGUGUCACCCUCCCAGAUGAUCUCUCGACAUCUGACCUCUCCCAUCCUGAACCCCAAGUCCGUCCGGACGGGGAUGAUGCUCUCGAACGAGACCUAGUGUACAAAUCCGCACUGAACCACACGCCAAAGUUGAAUGACGCAAGCAAGUGCAUAGAGAGUUCACACAUGACUUCUGUGUUACUGUCUGACAUAGCAGCAGCCAGGGGGGGAAACACGCGUGACGAUCUGAUCAUGAAGGUAAUAGAGGUCAACCAAGUCGGUGAUGGGGUUGAGGUGGGCUACACGGGGGACACGUUGAUGCUGGAGAAGGCAUUUGAGGGUGGUUUAAUCCCUGCUUCUGUCUAUGUAGAGAUUCUUCAGAGGCAAAAGUCUUGCAGGGAAGAAAAUGUUUCGCUGUUAGAACCUGGGGAGGAGACCGAGCCUUGUGAGGUUAAUAGACUCUUACUUAAAUGCCUCAGCAGAAAUAAAUCACUGACAUCAGGAACGAAUAUUAACACUUUUUAUGAAGGUUUAAGUGAUCAGGACGUAGGUCAAAACAUAUCGGAGGAGUCUGAGGGUCAUGACGAGCUGAAGGUGGACACGGCUGUUCAAUGCGAUCUGAUGAGCUUUAGCAGCACUCUGGUCAUGUUGGGAAACCAGCAGCAGCUUAUGGGACUUGUGUUACCCGACAGCGAGGAAACCACGUCCACCUCAUUUCAUCAACAAACCACCACCAGCGAGUUUACCACCAGACUGUUCAGUAAUCGGGGGAAAAUAGCAGCCUUUUACAUCCCGGAAAGAUCAGAAGUUGUUGAUUUCACCUCUGCUGUUCGAGAUGGUUUGAUUGACAGCUGCACAGUAGAGUUGGUGAAAUCCAUGGAGAUCCCCGACGUGUUCCCCGACGUCGACCGUCUUAGCGAAAAGUUUUCUUCCUGGCUCAUGUAUAGAAAGCUCACACUCGAUGGGCGGUGUCCUGCUGCCGACAGUUCAGAAGUGAACGUCCCCUCUGCCGCCGAGGCCGAGCAGUUAUUCAUCUCGUACUUGAUGACGAACAGUUACAUCGAUCCGAAAUCAGGACAGAGGGUGCUGAUACUCGACAGGCAGUUAUCUGAAAUAGCUCAAGCUUUUCUUGAAGAGGGAGUAUUUUCUGAAAACACUGAUCAAAAUUCUACUUUAAACGACGAUAAUCUUUCAGAACAGGCAGAUCUAGAGAUGCCGCUGCGCAUAAACGAGGAAGCAGAAGAGAAGUGCAGACGACACAUUUGUGAUGCUCGCAGUUCAGUUUCCACUGUAACCGCGACAGUUACCUUUGAUGAAGACACACAACGCGCAGCUGAGACUCCUAAUUUUAUUUCGUCAGGGAACGCAAGAAUCACCUUCGAUGAAAGAUCGCGUGAAAAUGAUGAUGCUCUAAAACCAGAGCCUGUGAGGGAGGUUUUAGAGGAUAACAGGAUUGACAUGGACACCACAGAGUUUGUACAAGUGGAAGAAACCAUGUUCCAAAAUACAGUAAAGUCUGGUGAAGUUGAAGAGCAAGUUUAUGGAAAUAAGGCACACAUUAAUGUGGGAGAUUCUGUUUCUGGGGGCUUUGAUAUCCCAACUGCUUUAGAGAUCACUCCCUCAAUAUGUUCUGUAGAAAGCAUUGACUCACCGUCCAAAAUGUUGGACUCUUCAGAUUUCCAUCAGAUACAACAACAUUACAACUCUGAGUUAGUGUGCGGUGAAUCGGGAAGUGCUGAUGUCCACCAAGCUACACUUUUUAGCUCUAAAGACUGGGGAGAGGAGGAGAGUGAGCCUGACCAGGCUAAUGAAGAUCUGAAUGACCGUGCUAAUGAACAUUUGAAUGACCGUGCUAAUGAACAUUUGAAUGACCGUGCUAAUGAAGAUCUGCAUGCCCAAAUGGAGCAAGGGUUCAUUUCGGACGUCACGUCUAUGGAACCAUGUGACCUGCAGGAAGCUCUUAAUGAGGGACUAGAAGACGUGCAGACAAUACCAGAGCUGCACGACCUGCAGCCUGAUGAAAAAACAAUCACGUUAAAAGAUGAGGAAGAUGCAGUGCCUCUUCUGAAACAGACGGCAUCAAACAGAUGCCAAACAGAGCAGCAGAGUUUGUCGACGUCUGAUUUUAAUAUCGCUGUCGGAGAAUCAUUGCAGUCUGGAUUAGUUAAAGAUGUUGGCAGUGUUUACUCAGAAGAAAACAUUCAGUCCACCUCUGAAGAUGAUAAUCGGGGUGAAGUUAAUAUGAACGAAGCUGUAAGUGCACAGCAGCCAACUGAGAGGGAGGUUGACGUCGGGAUGGAGCUCGACUUCUCGGAUGAGGAGGUUUAUAGCACAGAGAGCAAGAGUGAAAAUAAAAGUGCAGACUGUGAGAGGAGGGGGGAUGCAGAAACUACGAGUGAACAUAAUCUGCUUCCCUCAGACGGUGGUCACAAGCCUCUGAUGAUCUCACCCUCCUCACGGAGUCAAGUUACUGCAGAGUGUGUUCAUCCUGCAGAUACAUUGCAUUCAGUGGCUGGAGACAGCGACCCACGGCACAUAAUCAAUACCCAGCUGACAGGCAGAGCCGACGCCCCUGGUGUUGUGAUAGAAAACUCUGCUCCAGCUACUCAGACGCUUCAAUCUAGUCAGAGUGACAGAAACUACGGCGUCGAUGCUGAGUCCGAAAGCCAGGAUCAGAGUGUCAGUUUCACUUAUCACUCCUGUAAAUCUGCCAGCCAAGCCACAGGCAGUGAGUUUUCAAUUGCGGGACAUGACGUGCAAGUAGAUGAGAGUGAAUUAGUUACGUUAUCUAUGGAAACUAGAACGGAGACGGAAAGAGCAUGUUUGGAGAGUGACCCAGCUCUGAGUGUAGAUUACUCAUUGCCUGGGGAUUUCGUGGAAAGGCCAAUUACUAUUACGUGUAACGGUAACCAUGACAAUAGCAAGGAACAAGAUGACAGCAGAAUAACAUUACCUCAGCAAGAUGUGCUUCAUUCAGAAAGUGAUUUUAGUGUUGGAUCAGAGCCCAGUGACUGUGAAAGUGGUCGUAUCCAGAUUUGUGCACCGGUUUGUGAAAGGCCUCCGCAUACACUGAACUCGUCAUCCUCCUCCUCCUCUCAGUUACCUGAUACAAGUACAACAAGUAGUAUCAAUCACAUGAGCUCUGAUACGGAAGAUUUGACACCCACUCGUAAAGAUUUGUCAGACUCAAAUCCCAGUGAUGCAGAUGAUGUUGAGUUUUGCACACCGAUGCCGCGCAGUGACAUUCUCAUAGCCAGCAGUGAUACUGAGCUGCUCCCACCGUCAAACAAGGUGAAGGAAAAUGCUGAUAUUAGAGGAAAUGUCUCCUAUUUAAAUCUACCCUCUGCGUCAUUAGACAGUGACUCAGUAGAGUCUGGAUUUAGGACGGAAGAAAGUCCAGAAUCUGAAAUCCAACCCGAGGAAACCCUUUCAGAUGUGUGUGUUUCUGAGCAUCCCCACAUCACAACUGAUUUUCUGUCAGACGUUGCAUCCACUGCUUGUUCAUCGUCCCCAACCAUGGUUUCUGAUGCUGGAAAUAAGCCUGUAGAUUACCAGGGUGAGAUUAUUAGAGAGGGCGCUGAUGUCAGUGAUUUACAAAAAGCUCAAAGUCAAGACAUUGAAAGUACUGCUGGUGUGGUUCAGAAUAAUUCACAGCCUUCAGAUAAAGGUAGUUCUGAAGAGAGGAGAACGCUUCAUGAAAUCAUCGAGAGUGGUCACCUAGAUUUACAGAAGCCGAACAACCCUAGUUUAAAAAACAAUGACAAGUCCGAACCAACAUACGCAGAAGAAAAAGUGAGUGAAGAGACUGAAGAGUCCGGUGCUCCAAACAUCCAGCUGCAGCUACUGCAGGUUUUUAAGUCUGUGUCCUCAAGCCAGGACCUUUCAGUGCUCCAGGAAGUGAUGGACUCUCUGAGCACCGCUUUGGGCAGCGAUUACCAGGGCGAGCGGCGGCACACUCUGGAGAGCAUCAAGGAGGAGAGCUCAGAGGGAGAGGAUGAGGAGUCAUUAGAGGGUGACACAGCCGCAAAGACUCGGCAACCGUCUGCUAAGGAGUCUGCCAACCGAGAGGCGAGCAAAGUUGAGGAGAUCAAGCCAAAGCAGUUUACCAUCCAGGAUUAUUUGGAGUGUGUUGGGAGACUGCAGGAUCACGCUGAUGUUUUGGAGGACGUAAGGAGAGACCUCGUGAGCCAGGCACCCAUAGGGAACGGCAUGGAAGAACUGCAGAUCCAGAUAGAGGAAUGUCAGUUGCUGGAGUCCCAACUUUCGAGGCUGGCUGGUUUUCUGACAGUAGAUAUGGAGAAAGCCAAACAGCUCCUAAACUCUGCUAAUGAAGACAUACCCGCACAAAUCCAUCAAGAUCUGUCCUCGACGUAUUCGGACUUGGAGCCAAAUUUUGCUGCUGUUUCCCACAUGUGUGAAGAAAGGGGUGAAUCCUUGGUCGAGGCGAUGGAAGCGGGAAAGGUAAAUUUGGAGGAGACGUACCAGAUGCAUCUCAGUGAUCUCGAUGAACUAGCCGGCCUCAUUCGAAGUAACUCUGACACGUGCGACGUGGAUUUUGACACAUGUGACGUGGACACGCUGAAACGUUUGAGUCAGCAGACUAAGGACAUGGAAAACAAUCUGCUAAAAGAAGCCAGGCUCCAGUUAGAGGACGUCACCUUCGAUAUCCAGUGCUUUAUUUCUGAGCACACUCAGUUCCUGAGUCCAGCUCAGAGUAGCUACCUCCUCAAGUUCCUCAGCACCACUCAGCGCACAUUCAGGGACCAGAUAGAGAGGCUUGGUACAAAAAGAAGUGCCUUGGAUGUCCUAUUGGACACCAGGGAGCAAGAAAGCCAGGAGAAGUCGUUGUUGGACAAACAUAAGGAGUUUACAGAGAAGUUGGAGGAAGUGUGUGAUAAUCUCACAUUGACAGAAAACCGAUUGAUUGGUCAUCAGCAACAGGGUGGAAACGCUGAGUGUGUCACAGACCUUCAGCAGUAUCAGCAGGAGCAUCAGGCUCUGCAAAAAGACGUGCUGACGAACGCCAGUGCCUUGAAUGAGGUGAUCACCAGCACGAAAAAGUUUCUGGAUGAAAACCGGAGCAAGCUGACGCCCGAUCAGAUCGCCGCUAUUGAGAGGAAGUUGGAAGAAGCUAAAAGCAAAGCGAAGCUCAUCGACCAGCGGGCUGAGGAGUCCAGGAAUGACUUGGAGAAGGUUGUUACGACAGCCAUAAAACAGGAGAGCGAAAAGGCAGCGGCUGUCGAACGUCUCGAAGAAAGUAAGAACAAAAUUGAAGGUCUGCUGGACUGGAUAUCCAACAUAGGGAACGAAAACAAUAGCAGCCUAGAUGAAACUGACCAUAUAAGUAAAGAGAAUGGAAACCUGCCAGAGGGAACCGCAGCCAAGGGACUGAUAACGGAGGAUGAUGAUGCCAAUGGAAACGCUCUGCAGACGCCUGAGAGUGAUUUUGGCAGCGAGACCAGGGGCGAAAACGACACAUCCAUGGACCUCGAUAAGCAGUACGACAGGAUUAAGGCGCGUCAUCAGGAGAUUCUGUCCCAGCAGCAGGAUCUGAUCAUGGCCACCCAGUCAGCUCAGGCCCUGCUGGACAAACAAGCUAACGUGCUCUCCCCGGAGGGGAAGGAAACCCUGCAGAAGAACAUCCAGGAGCUGAAGGAGCGCUAUGAGACCUCGCUGACUCAGGCUGAGCAGCAGAUGAAGCAGGUGCAGUGCGUCCAGGAGGAGCUGAAGAAGUUCCACAGCGACUGCGAGGAGUUCGAAGCCUGGCUGAAGCAGGCCGAGGGAGAAGUUGAGGAGCUGGGCGCUCCUGCGGGCUCCCUUAAUAUCCUCAGCGAUAAACUUCAGCGACAGAAGAGCUUCUCAGAAGAUGUGAUUUCCCACAAAGGGGAUCUUCGCUUCAUUACUAUCUCAGGACAGAAAGUGCUGGAUGUGGCUAAAGCCUGUGGGUUGCCUGAGUCUGCGGCUAAGAAUGCUCCGCUCCAUGUGGAUACUUCAGGGACCUGUUCCGCCGUGAAGGAUAAACUGGACUCAACAGCCAACAGAUACAAAAUACUACAUUCACAGUGCAAUGUGCUUGGCAACAACCUCAGAGACGUGGUUGACAAAUACAAAAAGUAUGACGACUCCAGCACUGCUCUUUUGAAAUGGCUCAACAGCUCAGAGGACGAGGCGAGAAAGCAGCAAUCUGAGGCCAUAGCAGCUGACCCACAAACGCUGCAGAAGCAGCUGGAGGAGACCAAGGGUUUACAAGGUCAGAUGAUGGGACAUCAGACGGCUGUUGACGCGUUACGUAAAACAGCUGAGUCUUUAAUAACAUCUGAAGGAGACCUGCUGAGCAACCCAGACGAGAUCCAGGAAACAGUAGAUGACAUAGUGGAGCGCUACGACAACCUUUCCAAGUCUGUGAGUGAUCGAAAUGAGAAGCUGCAGAUCACCCUGACUCGCUCCAUGAGCGUCCAGGAUGGCUUGGAUGAGAUGAUGGGAUGGAUGGAGGGAGUGGAAGCCAGUGUGAAAGAGAAAGGGCCGAUCCCCUUGGACUCGGCAGCUUUAGGAGACAUCCUCAGCAAGGAAGCAACAUUAGAGCAGGACAUAGCAAGUCGCCAGAGCAGCAUCUCAGCCAUGAAAGCGAAGUUGAAGAAGUUUGUGGAGACGGCGGAUCCCUCUGCCGCUGUGCUUCUUCAGUCCAAGAUGGAAGCCCUGUCCCAGCGCUUCUCUGACGCUUCUGACAAGCAUAAGCAAAAGGUUUCUCAACUGGAGCAGGUGAAGGAAAAGGUGGAAGAGUUCGAGAACAUCUCGGACAAAGUCCAGCAGUUUGUUGUGAAGCGUUCGCAGGAUCUGCAGGAGACAGACGGGCCGGGGAAAACGUUCAACGAGCUGUCUCAGCUGACGCAGAACACCAAAGCUGAGAUGGCAGAAUACGCCAGUGAUCUGGAGAAGCUGGACGCUUUGUCCAAGGAGCUGUCUGAAAUAAACCCAGAUGGAAACAAAUCUCAAAUUCAGAGCAAGAUGGACAACCUCACGAACAUUUUCAGCACCUUCAAAGACACCGUUAAAGAAAAGGAAGAAGAGCUGUCAUCCUGUCAGGACCAGUUGGGAGAGUUCAGAUCUGCAGCCAGCGCUCUCACCAAGUGGCUGGAGGAGACCAAUGAAAAAGUACCGGCGGGUCAGCCAAGCAGCAGCAAGGAAAGUCUGGAGAAGGACCUGCAGACGGUCAACGGAUUGUUAGAUGAAUGGACUUCCAAAGGCCCCGCUGUCCAAGACUUGAACAGUAAAGGAUCAGCACUCUGCAGCCUGAUCACUUCACUUACAUCCCCUGCCAAGACAAAGACCCCGAACAAGUCAGCUCUUACUAAUGGUGGUGGUCCAGCAAGCCAUGCCUACCUAACCAAUAAAGAGCUGAUGGUAAUUCAGCAGAACAUGUCAUCCACCAAUGAGGGCUACGCUAACCUCGGGGAAACACUGAAGAGUCGAGCAGGACAGCUGAGCGGUUUGGUGCAGGAGGUGAAAGAGGCCCAGAAGGAGACGGAGGAUAUGAUGACAUGGCUGAAGGACAUGAAAAAGACUGCAGCAUCCUGGAACAAUGCAGCCACAGAGAAGGAUUCAGUCAAGACACAGCUUGAUCAGCAGAAGGUAUUUGAAGAUGGCAUGAAACAAAAGCAGGAGCAGCUCCAGAAGCUCAGAGAGAAGCUUCUCAACUUGAUAAAGGCUCAUCCAAACUCCCCCGAGGCAGCAAAAUGGAAGCAGAUGCUGACAGAAAUAGAUGCUGCUUGGGCAGAAAUCAGCGACUCUGUAGAGGAGAGGAAGCAGCAUCUGGAGCAGUCCAGCAAGAAUCUGGACAUCUUCCAAACAAACGAACUGCAGCUGGGCCAGUGGCUUUCAGAGAAAGAGCUGAUGAUGAGUGUCCUUGGGCCCCUCUCAAUAGACCCAAACAUGCUUAAAAUGCAGAAGCAACAAGUGCAGAUCCUUCAGAAUGAGUUCAAGAGCCGCAAACCUCAAUAUGAGGAACUUGAAGAAGCGGCCUCGGCCAUCCUGAGCUCAUCCAGUGACGAGGACCCUUCAAGUGGAAAGCUGGUGAGGGAGCAGUUUGCUGCAGUCACCCAGAAGUGGCAAGGCCUCACAGGACAGCUGGACCAGCGAGACAGCCUCAUCGACCAGGCAGUGGUGAAGACUGGGCAGUUUCAGGAGUUACUGAGGAGUCUCAGUCACACUACCGCUGAGCUGGAGAAUCAGCUCACAAACCAUCAUGGCCACAGCACCCAUCCCGAUGCUGUGAAGAGGCAGCUGGAGGACGUACACAACUUCUCAGCUCAGCUGAGAGAGGAAAGGAAGAAGCUGAAGGAGGCUGAGACCAUCAAUGCAGAGCUCACAGCAAUGGUCACGGAGGACUAUCUCAAAGCAGACCUAGCCAGGCAGCUGGAGAGUGUCAGCAAACCUUUCAAACAGCUGGAGGAGAAAGCAGCAAAACGGAUCGAACAGUUGAACUCAACCUUUGCCAGCUCUCAGCAGUUCCAUCAGACCUCCAAAGACUUCCAGUCAUGGCUGGGUGAGAAGCUGCAGGAUCAAUCUCAGCCCAAGUCGGUCUCUGCCAAAGCAGACAUUCUGCAACAAACACUGGAGGAACACAGCAAACUUGGGAAGGCUCUCAGUGAACAUGAGGAAGCUUAUAAUACAAUCAUUGCAGAAGGGGAGAUGCUUCUGCACAACACUGAUGGUGCAGAAAAGUUGGCGCUACAAGGGCAACUCACAGCCCUCACUUCCAACUGGGAGGAAGUGAAGAAGAGUUCUGCAGAGCAGGCUGACAACCUCCAAACAGCUCUGCAGAGAUCUAUGAAGUACCAAGAGCAUGCAGAGAAGUUAAGCUCUUGGAUUCAGGAGUGUGAGGCCAGUGCAGACCGAGUGAAACCCACCAUUGACCCUGUCAAUCUGGAAAGCUCAAUUUCCCAAGUUAAAGCUCUCCAGAAGGAUGUUGACAAGCACAGAGGGUUGGUGGAGCAGCUCAACACAGCGGCAGAUAGUCUCCUUGAGGUGGCCAAUGCAGACACUGAAGCUAUAAAAGAAGAGAAGGCUAGCAUAGGCAAAAAAGUAGACAAUAUAGUGGAAGGUCUACAGAGCAAAAGGGAGUCCCUGGAGAAGCUCUCACAUACAGUUAAGGAAUUUAAUGAUGCCUACAAAGAGGCAAAGGGUCAACUUGAGGGAGCUAAGAAGCAGGUGGAUGCCUAUGAGUCACAGGGAGUGCAAGCACACAGCAACAAGAACUUAACCAACAUGAAAGCCCAACAUAAGAGUUUAGAGGGAGUGCAGAACCAAUUAGAGCACAUGAAGGCCUUGGCUAAGGAUCUUGUGGUGGACGUUCCAGAUGCUGAAGGAGUGACAGACCUCUUACUGCAGGCUGACAGUGUGGAAAAAGACUACACCAACCUUAACAAGAAACUAGAGGAGACAUGCCAAGAAUUGGAGGGUAAACUGCAAGGUAUUGGACAGUUCCAAAACAGCAUCCGUGAGAUGUUCACCAAUUUCACAGAGCUGGACGAUGAGCUGGACAACAUGUCUCCUGUGGAUCUUGACUUGGCCACUCUUAAAGAGCAACAAGACAGCAUUCAGAGUUUUGUGGCCAAGCUGCGAGAGCUGAUGGCUAACACGGCCAACGCUGGAGACAGCUGCAAGAAGAUGCUAGAGACCGAGUCCUCACCUGACCUGUUAGGUCUGAAGAGAGAUCUGGACACUCUGAGUAAGCAAUGCGGCAAACUGUUAGACCGAGCCAAAGGCAGAGAGGACCAGGUCCAGAGUACCCUCACCAAGCUGGAGGAACUGUACGGUAAACUCCAUCAUGUGGAAGAGAAACUCUGCAGAGCGGUGGAUAAGGAAGCAUCCCAGGAGGCGGUCGGCAUGGAGACAGAUGUCAUCAACCAACAGCUGGAGGCCUUUAAGUCUUUCCAGAAAGAGGACAUUGAUCCACUGCAGGCUCAGCUUCAAGACAUCAACUCCCUCGGGCAGGGCCUCAUCCAGAACGCUGCUAAAGGCACCAGCACUAAGAAGCUUGAGGAUGACCUGGAGGGCGUCAACUCAAACUGGAAUACCCUCAAUAAAAAGCUCGCCGAACGUUCGGCCCAGCUGCAUGAAGCCCUGUUGCAUUGUGGGAGGUUCCAGGAUGCUCUGGAGUCCCUUCUCAGCUGGCUGACUGACACAGAGGAGCUCGUGGCCAAUCAGAAGCCUCCGUCUGCGGAGUUCAAAGUGGUGAAGGCCCAGAUACAAGAGCAGAAACUCUUGCAGAGACUGCUGGACGACCGAAGGCCGACAGUGGAGCUGAUAAAAAGGGAAGCAGGGAAGGUCUCGGAACUGGCAGAGUCUGUGGAUAAGGAGAAGGUUGUAAAAGAGAUUGAGUGCCUGGGGCAGAGGUGGGACGCCCUGCUCAAGAAAGCCGAAAACAGGCAAAAACAACUAGAGAGCAUCUUAGUGGUCACUCAGCAGUUCCACGAGACUCUGGAGCCUCUGAGCGAGUGGCUCGCAGCCACAGAGAAGCACCUAACCCACUCUGAGCCAACUGGCACCGAGACGUCUAAGCUGGAAGAGCAAAUCUCCCAGCAUAAGGCCUUAGAGGAGGAGAUUAUGAAUCACAGUAAGGACCUGUUUCAGGCCGUCAGCCUCGGUCAAAUGCUCAAAACUGUGAGCUCAGUGGACGAUAAGGAGUUCGUCCAGUCCAAACUGGACGCCACUCAGGCCAGUUACAUAGAGCUCCAGGAGAGAUGCAGGAGGAAAGCUGAGAUGCUGCAGCAAGCGCUGGCUAACGCCCAGCUGUUCGGGGAGGACGAAGUGGCCCUCAUGAACUGGCUUGCGGAGGUGGACGCGCGGCUGAGUGAGGUGUCCGUGGAGGACUACAAAAUAGAUGUUCUUGAGAAGCAGCUGGCGGAACAAAGGGCACUGCAAAGUGACAUUGACUUGAGGAAGAAGAACGUUGAACAGGCCGUCUCUAAUGGGUUGGAGCUACUGAAGCAAACAACAGGUGACGAGGUGGUCGUCAUCCAAGGAAAGCUGGACGGGAUAAAAACGAAGUACGCCGAGAUAAACUCGAUGAGCGACGGGGUUCUGAAGACACUGGAGCGAGUUUUGAGUCUCUCUUCGAAGGUGCAGCACACUCAUGAGGACCUGAGCUCCUGGCUGAAGAGAGUGGAGGCUGAGAUGAGCAGUUUCGCCGAUCAGGAGCCAGUCGGCGAGCAGCUCGUUCACGCGCAAAACCGACAGAAGGCCUUGCUGAAAGACACCAAAGACCAAAAACCAGUGAUGGACAAGCUGAAUGAGCUGAGCAGUUCUCUCCUGGACCUGAUUCCCUGGCACACUCGCGAGAGCCUGGACAAGCUGGUGACUGAAGAUAACGAGCGGUACAAAGCCGUCUGUGACACCAUCACCCAGCAGGUCGACAAGAUCAAUGCCGACAUUCUCAAAUCACAGCAGUUUGAACAAGCUACAGACUCUGAACUCUCCUGGUUGACGGAAGCUGAGAAGAAGUUGCUGUCAAUGGGCGACAUCAAGCUGGAGCCGGACCAAACCACAGCCCAGCUGCAAGCACAGAAGAUUUUCUCCAUGGACAUCAUGAGGCACAAGGAUGCCGUGGAUGAGAUCGUAAAAACAGGAAAGGCCAUCAUAAGCAGCAAAAAGCCAGAGGAGAAAGAAGUCUUGAAGGCCAAGACCCAGACCCUCUUGGAGAAGUAUGGCAUCGUGAGUCAGCUGAAUUCGGAGCGCUCUCUGCAGCUUGAGCGAGCCCAGUCUCUGGCUUCCCAGUUCUGGGAGACCUAUGAGGAGCUGUGUCCAUGGCUUCAGGAAACCAUAAGCACCUUCAGCCAGCUGCCUCCACCUGCCAUCGAGUACGAGACCCUCAGGCAGCAGCAGGAGGAGCUCAGGCAAAUGCGAGAACUGAUUGCUGAGCACAAGCCUCAUAUUGACAAGAUGAAUAAGACUGGACCACAGUUGCUGGAACUCAGCCCAGCGGAAGGAGUUCCCAUCAGAGAGAAGUACACAAUUACGGACCAACUCUACACGCAACUCAAGGCUGAUGUCAAGCAGAGAGCUGCCACUUUGGAUGAAGCCAUCUCCAAAUCCACUCAGUUCCACGAUAAAAUUGACCCCAUGCUGGAAUCCCUGGAACGGAUCGCAGAGCGUCUGCGCCAGCCGCCGUCCAUCUCAGUGGAGGUGGACAAGAUCAGGGAGCAGAUCACUGAAAAUAAAGUCGUCUCCAUGGACUUGGAGAAGCUACAGCCCUCUUACGACACACUGAAACAACGGGGCGAAGAGAUGAUCGCGCGGUCCGAGGGCGCGGACAAGGACAUAUCUGCCAAAGCUGUGCAAGACAAGCUGGACCACAUGGUGUUCCUGUGGAGCGACAUCCAGGCCUUGCUGGAGGAGCGGGAGGCGAAGCUGCUGGAUGUGAUGGACCUGGCAGACAAGUUCUGGUGUGACCACUGCGCUCUCAUCGUCACCAUCAAAGACAGCCAGGACCUGCUGAGGGAGCUGGAGGAGCCCGGAGUCGACCCCUCGGUCGUCAAGCAGCAGCAGGAAUUUGUGGAGGGAUUUAAGGAGGAGAUUGAUGGGCUGCAGGAGGAGCUCGAUGUGGUCCGAAACCAGGGUGCAGAGCUCAUGAAUGCCUGCGGGGAACCUGAUAAACCAGUGAUAAAGAAAAGUCUUGAUGAGGUGAAUUCAGCGUGGGAGAAUCUCAAUAAGACCUGGAAGGAGAGGGUAGAGAGACUGGAAGAAGCCAUGCAAGCAGCGGUGCAGUUUCAAGAUGGCCUUCAGGGUAUGUUUGACUGGGUGGACAUUCUGGAAGGCAAACUGGAUUCAAUGUCACCUGUAGGCACCGACCUGGAAACUGUCAAGCAGCAGAUUGGAGAACUUAAGGAGUUCAAAGGAGAAUCUUACCAGCUACAGAUUGAGAUGGAGCGUCUGAACCACCAGGCAGGCCUCUUGCUGAAGAAGGUGACAGAGGAGUCCGAUCGCAGCGCCAUCCAGGAGCCGAUGUCUGAGCUCAAGAUGCUCUGGGACAGCCUGGACGAGAAGAUCAUCAGCCGGCAGCACAAACUGGAAGGAGGCCUUCUGGCUCUGGGCCAGUUCCAGCAUGCACUGGAUGAGCUCCUGGCCUGGAUGAGCCACACCGAGGAACUGCUCAACGAGCAGAGAAAGGCCGCAGGAGACCCCAAAGCCAUCGAGAUAGAACUCGCCAAGCACCACGUCCUCCAGAUAGAUGUGCUGGCUCACAAGUCAACCAUCGAGACGGUGAACAAGGCUGGCAAUGAGCUGGUGGCGUCCAGCGCUGGAGAGGAAGCCUCCAGCCUGCAGAGCAAGCUGGAGAAUCUGAACCAGAGGUGGAAAGCCAUCCUUGAGAAGACGGAGCAGAGGAAGCAACAGCUGGAAAGCUCUCUGAUUCAGGCCCAAGGUUUCCAUGGUGAGAUAGAAGAUAUGCAGCAAUGGCUGAAAGACACAGAACGUCAGCUGUUGGCAUCAAAGGCUGUGGGAGGCUUACCAGACACGGCCCGGGAGCAGCUUAACGCCCAUCUGGAGUUGUGCUCUGCCUUUGAGACGAAGGAGGAGCUGUAUCAGGAGUUGUUGAACAAGGGUCACCAGCUGCUCGCAAUAACGCCCGAGGGUCCGGACAGCAACACGGAGCAGGACCUCGGCAACCUGAAGGACAAAUGGGAAGCGGUGCAGGCAAAGGUCUCCGAACGCAAGGUGAAACUGGAGGAAGCUCUAACGCUGGCCACAGAUUUCCACAACUCUCUGCAGGACUUCAUCAACUGGCUGACCCAAGCGGAGCAGACACUGAACAUGGCUUCCCCCGCCUCGCUCAUCCUGGAGACCAUCAUGUUUCAGAUUGAUGAGCAUAAGAUGUUUGUGACUGAGGUGAACUCCCACAGAGAGCACAUUAUUGAACUGGACAAGACUGGGACACAUCUGAAGUACUUCAGCCAGAAACAGGAUGUGGUCCUCAUCAAGAACCUGCUGCUCAGCGUGCAAGGCCGAUGGGAGAAGGUGGUGCAGAGGUCUGUUGAGCGAGGUCGCCUCCUUGACGACGCCAGAAAGAGGGCGAAACAGUUCCACGAAACGUUCAACAAACUAAUGGAGUGGCUGGAUGAAUCGGAGAAGGCCCUGGACUCUGAAGUGGAAAUUGCCAAUGAUCCAGAUAAAAUCAAGAUGCAGCUGGCGCAGCACAAGGAGUUUCAGAAAGCCGUGGGCAGCAAACACUCCGUGUACGACACCACCACGCGCACAGGCCGCGCCCUGAAAGACAAGACCUCCCUUCAGGACGACAACCAGAAGCUGGACGACAUGCUGAGCGAGCUGAGGGACAAAUGGGACACCGUUUGUGGCAAGUCGGUAGAGAGACAAAACAAACUGGAGGAGGCUCUGCUGUUCUCCGGCCAGUUUACGGACGCUCUCCAGGCUCUCAUUGACUGGCUGUACCGAGUGGAACCUCAGCUGGCUGAGGACCAGCCCGUACAUGGAGACAUAGACCUGGUUCUCAACUUGAUAGACAACCACAAGGUUUUCCAGAAGGAGCUGGGGAAGCGGACGGUAAGCGUCCAGGCCCUCAAACGUUCAGCCAGGGAGCUGAUCGACAGCAGCCACGACGACUCGUCCUGGGUCAAAGUCCAGAUGCAGGAGCUGAGCACCCGCUGGGAGACGGUGUGCAACCUCUCCGUGUCCAAGCAGGCCCGUCUGGAGCAGGCCCUGUGCCAGGCUGAGGAGUUUCACUCGACUGUACACAUCCUGCUGGAGUGGCUAGCCGAGGCCGAGCAGAGUUUGCGUUUCCAUGGCAGCCUGCCUGACGAUGAGGAGGCUCUGCGUGCUCUUAUCGAACAACACAAGGACUUCAUGAAAAAGCUGGAGGAAAAGCGAGUGGCUCUAAAUAAAGCAACCGGUAUGGGGGAGGCCAUUCUUAGCAUCUGCCAUCCAGACUCCAUCACGACCAUCAAACACUGGAACACCAUCAUUAAAGCCAGGUUUGAAGAGGUGCAGGCCUGGGCCAGGCAGCACCAGCAGCGACUGGCCACGGCCCUCACUGAGCUGUUAGCCACUCACGACCUGCUGGAGAAUCUUCUGACCUGGCUCCAGUGGGCCGAGACCAACCUCAACGACAAGGACAAGGAGUCACUGCCUCAGGAAAUCGAGGAGGUCAAAAGCCUCAUAGCAGAACACCAGGCAUUCAUGGAGGAAAUGACCAGGAAGCAACCAGAUGUUGACAAAAUCACUAAGACACACAAGAGGAAGGCUGCAGUGGAGCCCCAAAUCCAGUCUCAGAUCCCCGUGCUGGACAAAGGAAGAGCUGGAAGAAAGCGCUCGCCCACACAAACCAUGUAUGCAUCAACAACGCAAGCUUCUAUUGAAACCAAGAACCCGCGGGUCAACCUGCUGGUGACCAAGUGGCAGCACGUGUGGCUGCUGGCUCUGGACAGAAGGAGGAAACUCAACGAUGCUUUGGACAGACUCGAGGAGCUGAAGGAAUUCGCCAACUUUGACUUUGACGUGUGGCGGAAACGCUACAUGCGCUGGAUGAACCACAAAAAGUCUCGCGUCAUGGACUUCUUCCGCCGCAUCGACAAAGACCAAGACGGCAAGGUGACGCGGCAGGAGUUCAUCGAGGGCAUCCUCUCCUCCAAGUUCCCCACCAGCCGCCUGGAGAUGAGCGCCGUGGCGGACAUAUUUGACAGAGACGGAGACGGCUACAUCGACUACUACGAGUUCGUGGCAGCCCUUCAUCCCAACAAGGACGCUUACAAACCACUGACCGACGCCGACAAGAUUGAGGACGAGGUUACACGUCAAGUGGCAAAGUGCAAAUGCCCAAAACGAUUCCAAGUGGAGCAAAUCGGUGCCAACAAAUACCGGUUCUACCUUGGAAACCAGUUUGGUCUGGUUCACUGCUUACAUGACUCCUUAAUCGGCGAUGAGACAAUAGCAAACAGGGAAAAUCAAAAUCUUACCUCCCACCUACACGUUGCAGUUUUGGAAAGCUGUAUUCUGUUUGGAGACUCUCAGCAGCUUCGGCUUGUGCGGAUUUUACGCAGCACUGUGAUGGUCCGUGUGGGAGGAGGCUGGAUGGCCCUGGAUGAGUUUUUGGUGAAGAACGACCCCUGUCGAGUUCAUCACCACGGGAGCAAAAUGUUGCGCUCGGAAUCAAACUCUUCAAUUACUCAGUCUCCUAUAGGUUGGCAAAUCUCAAACUUUCUCACCUUGCUCCAUGAACCCACCAGUGCUAAAGGCAGGACUAAUGUGGAGCUGCGGGAGAAGUUCAUCCUCCCCGAGGGAACCACGCAGGUGAUGGCGAGCUUCCGCUACAGAGGCCGGAGGUCUCGGCCGUCCUCCAGAGGGGCCUCCCCGAACAGGUCCACCUCCAGCCAGAGCUGCCCGGUCCCGUCACACCAAGCGGUGACCAGCACACCGAAGACUCCCCAACACAUAACCCGCAAUUAUGAUAAGCCAUGGCUUACAAACAGCAAACCCUCCACUCCUCUUAAAUCAUCAGACUCCUUCGGGAGCCAAGGUUCAUCCUCAGAGAGUACUGCAGUCCAAGGCAGCAAAUUACGUCUCCCUGGGUAUUUGUCCGGCAAAGGAUUUCAGUCGGGCGAAGAGGGAACGUUGAUCAACGCUGCUGUUCUUAAAGCUCGGGCACAGACAAUAGGAGAUUCGAGAAAAAAUUCCAGCCGACCGGGGAGUAAAGCCGGAAGCAGAGGUAGCAGUCGCAGAGGAAGCGACGCCUCUGACUUCGACAUCUCAGACAUCCAGUCUGUGUGCUCAGACGCGUCUGAGACGGUCGGCGACUCGGCCAGGGCCACGCCGCGCUCCGCGUCCCGGCACGGAAAGCCCUCCAAGAUCCCCACUCCUCAAAAAAGAAGCACGCCCACGAGCAAACUGGCCAAGGGAUCCAAGCGAUAGUCAGUGGCCUUGAAAAAGAAAAAAAGAAAAAAAAAGAAAAGAAAAAAAAAUGACCCAGGAGCUAGUUGCACCCUAAACACACGAAUGGACACUGGAGACGUCUAACUUAAAAGACUGCAAAUGUGUUGAGUGUUAUUUAAAUCGUUGCGAAGAUGUAAAAUAUUCUUUUCAGAGGCAAUAUGGUUUAAUAUUAUGUGAGAAUGGAAUGUUGACGGCCUUGUGUAUUUGUUUUUAAUGUAUUUUAUUUUUUUGUGAAAAAUGUCAAAUCGUUUUUAUUGUAUUUUAUUUUAUUUAUGCAAAUCCUGUAGAGGUUUGAUGAACACUAGCAAAUCUGGGGAUGACCAUGUCGAACGGUUGACUGAUAUUUCUACACACUAAUGAAGGGCAAAAUGCAGGAUGCCGCUCUGAGAGUUACUGAAUGUACUGUAAUUUGUGUCUGCUGAUGUUUGGAGUAGAUGGUGCUUCAUGGUACCAGUCGAGGCACUGCAAUUAUCUAUUUAAGUGCUAUGUUAUACUGCCAACAUGCAUUUAAAGGGCAAUGCAAUAUACUACAAUAAACCCCAUUUACGCACUGCAGAAACCUUUGAAACCCCCCCUAUUUAAGACCAGUAGCAGAAAUAAUCCUGACGCUUUCCAGGCCUGUUUGUUUGUCAGCAGCUGCAGCCCCUUCUUUUGUCUGACCACUUCACAGCAAUGUGUGCAUUGACCUCGGAGAGGUGCCACUCCACGUAGACAUUCUCUGUGCAUCCACGUCGAUGGUAUGUUUAAUUUCGGUAGAGCUGAAAUUGUUACUGUAACAUUACUUUGUAAUAAACCUGCUUGCAGAAAUCCA